CUGCGCGGGCACGCGCGCGCGCUACUUCUUCGUACGUGCUUCGUAAGAGGAGGAGUAGGAGGAGGAGGAGGAAAGUGUUUAUACGUGUGCGCAUCAAUUUUCCCCACUAAACUAUAGACGAACGACCUACACCCUCGAGAAAUAAACAAUGUCCAACAUUUACUCAUCUCUAUCUAAGAAAGAAUCACAUUCCUAUUUUAUACACUUUUGAAAUACUUUCGAAUAAGACCAAAUUUAAGAAUUCGUUGGGUCGUUCCUCUAGUUUGCCAUUGGGUCAAAGAUAUAGUACAUAUGCGUAAAGUAAUACCAGUAAAAUUCUUUCGAAUCUUUAUUUACAUUUGUCAAGUAGGCAAAUACCAGAUAAAAUCGCCAUCGCUCCAUUUUAGUAAAUCAUCGGAGGAUGUAAGCUCGAUUGCCUAGCGUGAUAUUAUUUACAUAAUAGAGCCGUGAGUAAAGACAGGUGUAAUCGAAGGACGCGAGAAAAUCGUAUUACAUUUUACUCUAUGAAAAUUUAGUAACUUUCGAGGCGACAUGACGAUUCGCAAUAUUACAGUUUUAUUUUUGAUAGUCGCGUCGGUGUCGGCAGCUAUCGGCCGAGAGACUCGCGGUCCGCGCCUCAAAAGAAUAGUAGGAGGAGAAGACAGCGGCUCGAACGAGUUUCCCUUUCAAGUUUCUUUACGUUACUCGGAUACCGUGCACAUUUGUGGAGGUGCCUUGAUAAGCGAAAGACACGUCUUAAGUGCUGCACAUUGCGUGUGCGAACUUUUCGACGAGCCUUACGACGAUCUGUCGGUGGUAACUGGUACGAGGAGCGUUAAAAAAGGCGGUCAGUUUCAACGAGUUAAAAGCAUCCAUUGUCAUCCCGAUUACGUUUUUGGAGCGAAAGGCUCGUGGACCCACGAUUUGGUGAUAAUCACGUUGAGCGAUAACCUAACUUUAAAUUCUGCACAAAAUCUUAUCGAUCUGCCUGUUUCGGACGCGCCGGAAAACGUAUCGGUAAUCUUAACCGGUUGGGGUAGACAUCAUUCGUUCGGUCCAUUGUCGGAUAUUUUACAAAAAGUUACUCUCACCACUAUAACCAACGAAGAUUGUCAAACGUAUUACAAUAAUACCAUUUUACCAUCUCACCUGUGUACUUUAGAACAUGAGGGAGUUGGCGCCUGUAAGGGCGAUAGCGGCAGUCCGCUAACUUACAAUAAUCAACUGGUCGGUAUAUUUUCUUGGACCAAGCCGUGUGCAGUGGGUUCGCCCGAUGUUUAUACCAGAGUUCAUCAAUUCAUAGAUUUCAUUAAAAAUAUCACGCAAUAUGAGGAUUAACACGUUGGUCGAUCAUUUUAAAUAGAGUAGCAGAGGAGGAGGGGGAGGGGUGGGGGGGGGGGGGGCAAGAAAAAAAAAAGAAAAUUAAAACUACAAUUGAAUUAUAUAACAAUAUUUGUAUCGUCAUAUCCUUCGAUAAACGCGGAUUACAGAGAAUAUUCUCAAAAUGUUUGAAAAGUUAAAGAACACUUUCUUCUCUCUUUUAACUUAUACAAAUGUUCCAUAACGUAUGUUGAAUUUACGAAUAAAUAAUGAUCUUUUUUUUUCGACACGUACGCUCUCUAACGACGGAGUUGUAAACUCCCUUCGAUUAGCUUGCAUUCCAUAAUCAUUCGCUCGAGACCGGAUACCGAUUGGAUCGUCCAGUUAUAUUCCUAAAGUAAUAUCGAUUGGUUUAUCAUUCCGAUCGAUUCGUUAUCAUUUGAAAUAUAUUUCUUAAUAAAUCGUUAUUUUUAACGUUAAAGAGUUACCCAACUGGCGAGUAUGGAAAAGCGUGUUUUCUUAGAGAACACGGUUAAAGAGGUUUGUGCCCAUUAUUAUUCAUCGAAGUAAAUCGAGGAAUAAAGAUUAUGUCGACAGUUCUUAAAAUACAGAUAUAAAAACCUAGAUUCCAGAGAUGGCACAAUACAUACCAAAUUUUAUAACUAAAGAGGAAGAAGAACGAAUAAUAAAACAUAUAAAUGCUGUUCCCCUUCCAAAGUGGACCCAAUUAAGUUACAGAAGAUUACAAAAUUGGGGCGGUAUACCCCAUCCCAAAGGGAUGAUAGCGGAGGAAAUACCAAGCGUGAGUAAUGUUAUUGCAAGUAAAAAAAAAGAAAAAGAAAAAAA